CCCAGAGGAGAAGACCAGUCUUGGCUGGGUUUUGUAGCGUCGUCACUUUCCCUGACAUACCUAUACUGUACAUGUCGAAGAAAUGUAAUCUUUCUACGGGAUACACAGUUUAAGGACUAGGCUACUGUAGAAUUUGAAGACCUUGACCAACGGAGUUGCGAUGAAUGACUACUUUUCUCAUGAUGAUGGGACGGCGAAGGAGGGCGAAGUGGUGGAGAGGUGUGGGCGACUGACAAUCACUCUUCAGGAUACCAACUGGAACCAUUCAAAACAGCCUUCCUCUGAGAGAGAGCAGCAGAAGCCUGAGUCACUGCCACCGCCGCUUGAGGAGACAGAGGUCAUCAAGGUCUACUUGGAGAAGCCGACAGAAAAAGAGAAGAAACAACGACAAAGUGUCAAGAUGCUGACAGACGAGGUGUCUCAGAUACAAGAGGUCCGGUACUGUUUGAAAAGCCUUCGGGAGCAAAUGGCAGCCAGACAUAACAACAAUAACAACAACCAGUUUCCAACCAAUGGCUUCAAACUUAAUUUGGCCAGCAUCCAGUCAGUGAUCAUCAAUAGCAAUGUUGUCGAUCCACCUCUGACCAGGGACGAAGAGAAUGAUGAAGAUGAGUGUGUGAGGCUGAGGGAUGUGACCCGGCACCUGUACGCUAAGCUGCAGGAGUCCGAGAAACGGCACCAGGAGGAGAAGGCCAUACUGCAGGCUAGCAUCGAGACAUGGCGCCAGCGUGCAGAGGAGCAGGCCGAGCAGGUGCAAGAGGCUGAGGCCAAGGCCAAGGCCGACACCGACACCCGCGGACACCAGGUGCUGGAGCUCCAGAAGCUGCUGGGAACCAUGAAGGAGGAGAACAGCGCCCUGUGCGACAAGAUGGCCGCCCAAGAGGCUGAGCUGAAGGAGCUGAAAAUGCUGAAGGAAGGGGGACAGGAGGAGCAGCAGAGGUCGGAGCAGCUGGAGAAGGAACUGGCCCUGCUCAAAGAGAAAAUCCAUCACCUUGACGACAUGCUCAAAUGCCAGCAGAGGAAAGUCAGACACAUGAUUGAACAGCUACAGAACUCCAGGACUGUGAUCCAGGAGAGAGAUCGCCACAUUAGAGACCUGGAGGAGAAGGUGGCUUUCCUGGAGGCAGAGAACCGUGAGAUGCACGAUCAGAUGGACUUCUUGCUGGGAGACCAGAAACCUCAGCAAACAAUUCUGCAGAGUCCACAGGUGGUCUACAGCAAACCCCUCACGCCUACCAGUCUCACCAACAAGUCUCUGCCUUUCAUCAAAGUCAUCGAAAUCAAGUCCUGAGCAGAGACUCCUUUAGACAGCAUUGAAGUACUCUUCUGACCUGCCAGUCAAGCUUAGCUUAUCAGCAAAUCUGCCGCAAAGUAGCUGCUGUUGGCUUCUUGAAACAAACUGUCAUAUAUACCUAUAUAUAUACAAAGGGUUACAUCCACAACUGUGUUUAGAACUGGAAAGAGAUGUGUCACUUCGAAGACAGUGAAGAUGCAUUGGUAUAAUGGGACAGAAAAAAAUAACACAUUAACCAACACAAUGAGAGUGUUCUCAGCCUAAUAUUUGACAUAGAGAGUUGGAACCAUCUCAGAGCUGGUCUCUGGCCUGGUGGCAAGGUCCAUGAAAACUUGUGGAUGAGCUCAGGAAGCUCUCUCCAAGGUUAAUGUCUCCUCCCAGGGGAGACAAUGAUUGAACCCACGCAUUAUAAACCCUCAAUUCACAAAGGUUUCAACUCCAGUUCAGUGGUUAGUUCCAUUCCGGCACCUUAGUUUCAUGGGUUCAAGGUUUUCCCCAGAGAAAAGACCUAUAUGCAUGACAAAGUGGCUCCCUAUUAAGCAGUUAUUUAGAUCUGGUGACUGAACAGCAGCUGGUCACCACGUAUACGUAGUCAUACAGUAUAGGCUUUUGAUUGCAUGAGCUGUAGUAUCAAUGUGAAUUUGUCUGAACAUUAUUCAUCUAUUUCUUGCUUUAUUCAUGAAUUCUUUUUGGUUAGGAUUUUAGGAGGAUGAGAUUUUAGUAGGAGAUUUUUAGGAGGAGAUGUUAAGGAAACCGCAUUCUUUUGUCAAAUACGAGAUUAUGGGGGAUCUAUAGAGAUAGGCUUUCCUGUUUAGAGAAUAAAUUGUUUCAACUAUGGUGUCCUUUUUUCUUCAGUAUCCUGUUACCAUAUUAAUAUCAUGUCAUGACACAGGGCUAUCAUACAGAUAUUAUUCAUCUCUAAACACUGUGUUGGGGAAUCAUUUACUAAGAUAUACAAAUACCAAUAGUGUCUGCAACUGUAGAAAUUACAUGAGUUAUUUAUUGUUGUAUUAAAAUGCCACUCUGUAGCCAGUCCCAUAUCACAUACUGUGAAAACUGUUGUACAGUUAUAUAUGAUUUUAGUUUUUUAUUUACUUUUUAUCUUUGCCUUUCUUGUGGUGUUAUCUUUUCUUCCACCCUGAAGGAAAUAAAAUCCAUUGAAAAAGG